UCGUCUGCUGUUUGUGUUUACUGCCGCGAGUUGGUGUUUAUCAAUACACUGUGACUGCUUGGAUGAAAAGCUGAAAUGGUUUUGCAUUUACAAUUAAUCACAAGUAUUUGGUAGUGUUAAUGUGAAAUGCUAUCGUAUUUACUCUCACUCAUAAAAUAAUGACGAAAUUUUUUACAGAAAUAUUUGUAGCGAUAAUAUAUUUGACGUGUUUCAAGACGAGUGCUCUGGAGAGUCUCUCGAACGUUGCCAGAGCGGGACACACUAAUAAUUGGGCCGUGCUAGUAGACACAUCAAGAUUUUGGUUUAACUAUCGCCAUGUUGCAAACGUGCUUUCCAUGUACCGCAGCGUCAAAAGACUUGGAAUACCUGAUAGCCAGAUAAUAUUGAUGGUGGCCGAUGACAUGGCCUGUAAUCCUCGCAAUCCUCGGCCAGCGACCGUGUUCAACAACGCCAACCAACACAUCAACGUGUACGGAGAUGAUGUCGAAGUUGAUUACAGGGGUUACGAGGUGACGGUGGAGAACUUUGUGCGCCUGCUGACGGGCCGGCUGCCUCCCGGCACGCCCCGGUCCAAGCAGCUGCUCACGGACGAGGGCAGCAACGUGCUGGUGUACCUGACGGGCCACGGGGGCGACGGCUUCCUCAAGUUCCAGGACUCGGAGGAGGUGACCAGCCAGGAGCUGGCCGACGCGCUCGAGCAGAUGUGGCAGAAGAGACGUUAUCAUGAAAUAUUUUUCAUGAUCGAUACAUGCCAGGCAGCGUCCAUGUACGAAAAAUUUUACUCGCCCAACAUCUUAGCCGUUGCCAGCAGUCUCGUUGGAGAAGAUUCUUUGUCGCACCAUGUUGAUCCAGCAAUUGGUGUAUACAUCAUUGACAGAUACACAUACUAUGCAUUGGAUUUCCUUGAACGUGUAGAACCUGACAGCGGUAAAACAAUGGGAGAAUUUCUUGCAGUGUGUCCGAAAAGAGUUUGCAUCUCUACAGUUGGCGUGAGAAAGGACUUGUUCAGGCGCGAGCCUUACAAAGUUCCUAUAACCGACUUCUUUGGUUCACUGCGUCCGGUUGAGGUUACCACAACAGCACCGAACAUUUCAGCAAUUCCCAUUGGACGAGAUGUUUCAGACAUGGAAAAUGAUGGUAUUGGGCUGAAAUCCACCAACAAAUUUCAGUAUGCUCAACAGUUUCCAAGUCAUUUAUUUGAACAGUAAUUGCAGUCAUCGUUCAUAUAUUGAAAAAGACAUUGAAGUGUGGUCAUCAAGUGCUCUGUGCAGAAUCGAACAAAGUGAUGGGAUGGGCUAAUUGAUUGAUAUAUUAGUGGUGCAUACAUGUAAUUGUAUAUUGCAAGGUACAUAAUUCUUUUACAUGUAUUGUAAAUCCACAAGAUAUUUAUCAGCAAAUUUAAUGAAAUUAAAAUAGGUAAGCUGAUAGAAACUGUUGUUUCACAGAGGGGAAGGAAGUGAGUGUGUAAGUAAAUGUAAAAGUACAUGUUAUAAUUUGACUCUCCUGCUAUACAGGAAAGAUAUGAAGUCUACGUGCUGUGCUAUAGGGAUCGUCCAUUAAUCACGUGAGGCUCGAAAAGGGGGGGUGGGGUCGGGAAAAAAUCACGAAAUAUCACAAGGGGGAAGGGGGGGGGGGUGUAGAGAGAUAUCACGUAUAUUUAUUUUUCCCCCCGAUUUCUACUAAACCGAAAAGCGACGCGUGACCUUGACUCGCCGUAGCCAGGCAACAAUAUCCUCACCCGCCGCAACACGAACCACCCGGCUCGGCUUGCCGGUCGCCAGUAAGACUGUGAUUUUGGCGCCGAAUACAUGCGUAAUUCACAUAUAAGCCUUUCCUUUAUUAUUUUUAUGCCAGUGAGAAUAAACCUGCAACCUUAAUGUGUGUCUGGACAUUUUUAUCACUGUGCUUAAUUUUCCAGAAUUAAAUUAGAUUAUACCUAUAUUUAAAGAUAAUAUUCUGAAAUUUUUGAAAAUAUUUUUUACGAAAAAAAUACACGUGAUUUAUUGGAGGGGGGGGGGGGGGGGGGGGGGGUAAUCUGAAACCUCACCAAAAAUCACUAAGGGGGAGGGGGGGUUAAAAAUUUGCUAAAAAAACAUCACGUGAUUAAUGGACGACCCCAUACAGGAAAAAUAUGAACUCUACAAGUUAAGUACCUAAUCUAUUGUUGUUGUGCAAGGCAUGUAAUGUACCAUGACAAAAGAAAAAAAGACAAUACAUAAACCACA